AUGAGGAUGCAGAGGGGGUGCCCCCCAAGCCCGGUGCUGGAGGACGCGGAGAGCAAGGAGGUGGCCAGGAUCACCUUCGUCUUCGAGACCGUCUGCAGCGUCAGCUGCGAGCUCUACUUCAUGGUGCCCUGCCCGCCCGGCACCUACCUGCGGGGUCACCCCUCCGAUGGGAUCCCCGCCUGCCACCCCUGCGGGCCCGGCACCCACAGCAACCAGCUCCGUUCCCUCUGCUACAACAACUGCAGCUUCUCCCUGGCGCUGCCGGGUCGCAUCCUGCACUACGACUUCUCGGCGCUGGCCGCCGGCACGGCCUUCGCCAGCGGCCCCAGCUUCACUGCCAAGGGCCUCAAGUACUUCCACCACUUCAACAUCAGCCUCUGCGGCCACCAGGGCAGGAAGAUGGCCUCCCGCCCGGCCAACGUGACGGAUGCGCGGCUGGCGGCGGGCGAGGGGGACCCUGCCCGGGUGGUGACGUCCUACGUCUGCCAGUCCAUCCUGGUGCCCCCCGACGUCAUGGGCUACAAGACGGCCGGGCCGGCGGUGGGGGCUGCACCCCGGCCCCCUCCCCGUGGGCUCCGGCCCUUCCCGGCAGCGGUGGGUGCUGCGGAAGGGCGCGCCGGCACAUAA